AUGGCCACAUCCUCACUGUCUUCACAUGCUCUGGACACGACUCUGGGCAAGCCGGCUGCAGGAAUGCCCGUGACCCUGUUUGCCAACGCGCAAGGCGAGGACUGGACGGAGCUCAGCAAGGCCGCCACCAACGCCGACGGCCGAGCCACCAAGGACAACUUCCCCGCGCUGGCGCCUGGCCUCUACAAGGUGCGCUUCGACACGACGACCUACUUCAGGCAGGCCGGCGUCGAGAAGUUCCUCUACCCCUACGUCGACAUCGUCUUCCAGCUCGAGGCCGGCCAGCACUACCACAUCCCCCUCCUCAUCAGCGCCCACGGCUACUCCACCUACCGAGGAAGCUGA